AUGUCGCUUGGCUUGCCCUCUCUGCUUCUCCUCCCCGUUUGCUGCUCCUCCGUUCCCCCUCCCACCCAUAAUAUCACGCUCACCCGGUCGGCUCAAGAAAUUGUCGAGUUGCACGUCAAGCUCCGCGACAGUUUCCCGGGUCUGAAGAUGCCCAACCCCCCCAUAGACGCGGCCGCGCUGCCGACGCCUCCCAAACGCAAGUCCGUCUUCCUCAACACGCUCUCCCGCCUCGCCUCGCCCUCCGGCAACAGAUCCGCCAACGGACGCCAGGUGUCCGGCAAGAAGGACAGCAACAACAACCACAACAACCAACUCCCGAGCAACGGCAGCGUCUCGAGCAGCGGCGUCUCGAGCAGCACGACGUCGAGCGCACAAACGCCGCUCGUCACCCCCACCACCGAGAUCAGUGACCCGUUCGCGGAGAUAGGCGAGAACGGCGAGGACAUCUCCGCGCUCGCCGCGUCGAACAACAAGGUCAUAACCGCGCUUGCGGCGUACCUGACGUCGCUCGCCAACGACCCCACGCUGCGACAGGCGCGGGCGUGGAAGCGGUUCGUCAGGGUGCGCACCGACGACCUCCAGAGCGUGCGCGUCGAGCGUGCGAUCAAGCGCGUACGGAGCGACCUUGCGGCGCAUGUGAGCCCCGGGAGCUCGAACGAGAUUCAGCGGUCGAUCAGUCAGGUUGUGCUCGAUGGCGAUUCGUCCAAGGCGUCGUCGAUGUUCGAGAAGCAGACCGAGGGUGAAAAGGUGGAUGGGGAGAAGGAGGUGAAGGAGAACGGGGACGGAGACGCGGAGGGUGCGGAGGGCGGUGACGAGGAGACCGCGGAGGGCGCCGAGGACCGCGCCCCAACACCGAUGUCGCCCAAAAUUCCUUCCGCCGCUGUGGCUUCUGUGAACGGCGUCGCAGACGACGAGGACGACAAGGCUCCCCGUACCCCCGUGCAGACGGAGACCCCUGCGCGCAAAGUGCGCUCGCAAUCUGCAGACCCGUCGACGCGCUCGUCCCGCCUGUACUCUACGACACCCUCAACGGCGUCGCAAACGGGCGACGACUCGUCCAUCUCGACGACCGAGCGGCGCUCGGCGCGCAAGAAACGCGCCAAGUCCAAGGACCCCAACAGCGAGAAGAAAUCGCAACGUAAGGUGGUCAUCGACGACUUCGAGAUGAUGCGCGUGCUCGGCAAGGGCUGCGCGGGCAAGGUGCUGCUCGUGCGCCACAAGCCGUCGCAGGACGUGUACGCGCUCAAGGCGAUCACGAAGCGGCAUGUGCUGGCGCACCAGGAGCUCCAACACACGCUCACCGAGCAGGCUGUCCUCAAGCGGAUGGCAGCGGAGAACACGGAUCCCUUCGUAGUGAAGCUCUGGUGGAGCUUCCACGACAGGGAGAACCUGUUCCUCGUCAUGGACUUCCAUCCUGGCGGUGAUCUCGCCACACAACUUGCGCGCUGGGGCCGGCUCGGCCGCGAUCGGGCCCGGUUCUACGCCGCCGAGAUCGUCGAGGGCGUCGAGGGCCUCCACGCCGCUGGCGUCAUUUAUCGCGACCUCAAGCCAGAGAACAUCCUCAUCGGCGCGGACGGGCACAUCGUCCUGACCGACUUCGGCCUGUCGAAGGAGUUCCCACGGCGGACCGCCGCCAUCACCGCGCCCCCCACGCCGUCAGGGUCCAGGGGCGACUUCUUGGACGGUUCCCCGGGGUCGCCUGCAUCCCCUCAUUGGAUGAAGGGCGACGCGAGCAGUGACAAGUGGACGGCGGGCUCGAACGACACGACGAGCACCUUCUGCGGCACGGCGGAGUACCUCGCGCCCGAGGUCAUCCAAGGGCUGCCGUACAGCUACGAGGUUGACUGGUGGAGCUUCGGUACGAUGCUGUACGAGAUGCUCACUGGUAUCACGCCCUUCUGGGCCGAAAACCACUCAGAUAUGUACUAUAGGGUCCUGCAGGACGAGCUGCAGUUCCCUGAGGACAGGACGAUGGACCAGGACACGAAGAGCUUGAUUCGUGGUCUGCUUCAACGGAACCCUGCACUCAGGAUGAAGGAGCCGCGGAUCAAGAAGCAUCCCUAUUUCUCAAUGAUGUAUGCACCUUCUUCCUUAGACUGGUCCCACGUGUAUUAUAAACGUUACAUACGCAAACUUGCAGCCCCGUAUAUUCCUCCCAUCGAUCCUUCGAAUGCCUCUGAUACCCAGAAUUUCGACGAUACCUUCUUGGGCAUGGAGCCCGUAAUCAACGACGAGAACGAUGAGGGCACGGAGACCGAUGCGGACCGCACCGACGGCGAAGACUCUGCUACUACGCCGUCGCAGUCGCGCAGUCCGUCCGUGCACCCAGUCGAGGACGACUCCGUUGACGUCUUCGAUGGUUACUCGUUCAAGGGCAGGCAUUCAGUGAUUCUGGACGAUGAGGAUGAGGACGGGGAUGGCGAGGAUGAAGAGGAUGAGGAAGACGAGGAGUCGGUUAGCGGUCCAAGUCUCGACGACAUCCUGCCCGACGAGGUCGCCGCGGAGACGGCGCCCAAGGAGGAGGUCGAGGAAGUAUCGGUGCCAGAGGACGUUGGCGAGCCGAAGACGCCGGAGGCACGUCCCAGUGCUCUUCCUGCAGAGCCCGCUGCACCCGCUGCACCACCAGCUCCGGAACAGAAGGCGGAGGCUACUCCGCGAUCAAGUCAUGAAGAGCAGGUCGCUGUGCCUCCGCCUGCCGUGUCCGCUGCCGAGGCUGCUGCCGCUGCCGCUGCCAAGCGCACCGCCGAGGACGAGAACGUCAAGACUGCGCCCAAGUCGCGGCAGGCGAAGCUGGUGCGCAAUCGCAGGGAGAAGUCCGGCAUCCCAGCCUUGGACAAGGACUUGCCCGACACAGCGACGGAAGACGAAGGCGCUGCGGACCACGAAGACGAGGACGACUGGGACUUCGUCGAGGCUGGCGGUCUGCUCGUCGAGGAGCGCAACGGUGCCAAGGGCACAAGCCUGUUUGCCCGCGGCGUCGUCGACCGGUACAAGCUGGCUGUCUUCCGCAAGAGCACCCCCAGGAGGUCGGGCGGCCCGCGCUCGUUCUCUGGGAUGUCGAUGGAGUCGGACCUCAACGGCUCGGACCCUACUGCGUCGCCGACGCCUUCGGACAAGCACCGUCGUGGGCGGACACCAGGUCUCACGUUCCGCAAACACCCCAGGCAGUUCCUUAGGCAGAAGAGCCCGCCGCCGUCGUCGCGAUCCGCGAAGUCGUUAACGGCGUCGACGUCAGCGACGUUCUCCAACGCCUCGACUGUGUCCAGCGCGGGACUGCUCACCCCAUCACCAUCGCAGACCGCCAUGACGCCCUCGCUGAAGUCAAAGGAAUCCGCCAUCUCCAUGGGCGCUCCCAGCGAGUCGGAGACAGAGCAGUCGCUCAAUGGCGACCCGGCCGUUGACACGAUCAAGGGCUCGCCGGUCCACCACGCGAACGGGGACGAGGAGAAGCAGCAAAAGAACAAGGUGCUGAAGAAGUACAAAGAGGGCGCGGAGAAGGUGCUCUCCAUCUUCCAGUCGCCGCGGUAG